UAAACGUCUCCUUUUCGGUGAGCUCUCGUUAGGCCUAUGCCUAUAUGCCUAAUUAUUAAUUAAAUUAAGGUCUACUUUAGAUCUGCAAACACAUCUCUUUAUCCUUUCGUAGUCAUAGUUCGCUGAUAACAUUGUUCUUUUUUAACCAGAAAAUAAAAAUAUUCAUAGUAGAUCGAAGAUGAUACGUUACUAUUUAUUCGGAAAAAAAGAACCACAAUAAUGUGCAAGUGACAGUUUUGUACCGUUGAUAUGUGCCAGCAGCAAAGAUUCAUACUUUGAAUCAGUACAGAGAUGUCAUAAUAACUUCCACUUUGGACCAGCACAAAGUAACCGACGUACAUAAUAUUAGUGGCUGUAGUGGGAAGUAGCUCAUAAUUUCGAGGGCUAACAGCUGAUCGGAAACCGUUCCCUCAAGGCUCAAGGAGGACAAAGAUGCCCCACCCAGUGCAGACGUGCGAUGAUGCUUCCUCUUUUGCUUCUUGGAACAGAGCUUAUAAUAUUACAGUUGCUUUAUUUUAGCGGUUUAGAUCUUGCGAAAGGGAAUUGUUCGUGUGAAAGCAAGAUGUUCAAGGCCGUUAUGUCGAUUCCAAGAACGUUUUUUUUACCAAGGAGUUAAAAACAGGGCCCAGCCUCUUUUCGUUUGGUCCCCCCCCGGUCUGGCAGGAGCCUGCGGGAUUCUCGUCUGACCGCUGAUUGAAAUGACCAGCGACAAUGGACGCGGAGUGGUUCUGGCUCUGGACGAGUCUCGGACGCGCAUCCAGGCGGUCGCCGAACUCCUUCUCCUCUCCUGCUCCCCGAAGCCCGUGUUCAGCCGGCCGGGUGACCUUCAGACGACGGCGGAGGCGUACGUCCAGUUCCGAGACAAGGUCAUCGCUCAGCUGAACAAAGUCCUGUUGCUGACGCGGGAUGUGGCCUCGCAGGUACACAGCCAGCAAAUCCAGUGGCGCCACCUGUGCUCGCGCGUACAGGAGAUGUCGCAGUCGGUGAUCAGCCUCUCAGAACUCUCCGCCCACAUCGCCUACCUCAUGGCCUUGACUUUUGAUGGGGCCCAGCCGGCCGUGGCGGGGCCGGUGACGGCCGUUCAUCAGCUGACGGCGGCCGACCUUGACCUUCGGUUCUGCUGCACGCGGCUCAAGAGGUCACGCAUGAACGACCUUCAGCCGCACCUGCUGGUUUUCACUUGUGUCUCUUUUGUCCAUUGUGAAGGUCUGUCGAUGAGCAUAGCCUCCGCCACGGUACAGAUCUGCAAAGCGGUGCGAGACUUGGUCUACUCUUCCAGCGCCAAACGGCACCGCGACCGCGUGUCGCUCUGCGUCGAGUCGGUCACCCGCUCGUCGGGCCAGCUGAGGGACUUCCUGCUCUCGUACCAGCACCACGGCAAGAGCAGAGACGCGACGCAGCAGCAGCCGCAACAUCAUCAUCAUCAGCAUCAGCCACAGCCGCAGUCAUACUGUCAUGGGCUGUCGGGAGGCGUGCCACAAGUCUCAGCGCCACUCGCCGACGGUUUGAAAGACGAGGCGAAACAUCCCGCAUCGUCAUCAUCCUCCUCCUCCUCUUCUUCGUGUCGUCGAGCGCAGUCCUCAUCGUCUUCGGCAGGGAAGGGAGAUAAUGCGACUGCGACUUCGCAGCAUCAGCAUCAGCAACCGUCGUCGGCGCGGAGGCUUUCUCACGACAAUAAGCAGAGUAAACAUACGAGGGAGGAGGGAACAGGGUCUAGGGAGGAUAGACACUUGUCUUUAUCGUCUGAAGAAAGAGGAGGAGGACAAGGUAGUUGCCAUGGCGACGCGACUGUCGACUCCACAUCGUCGUCGCCAUCGUUGAGUGAAAAUAGCGAGGAUAGGAAGAGACUGUCGUUAUCACCGUCAUCGUCGUUAUGUUCUCAGGGUGGGUUAAGAGAGGAAGAGAAACCCGCGACCGGUGAUGGAGCGGCCCGAGAGGGUUCGAGUCCCACCGCGGGCUGCCGAUUAUCCCCCACCCCUUCUGCCACUUCGUCAUCAUCGUCGUCGCGGGCGUCUUCGUUAUCUUCAUUUCCGCUUACUCCUUCCGUUUUCGAUGACAAAUCAUCGUUGUCGGAUAGCGGUCUGUCUCCUAGCCACGACCACCACCACCAAGGCCACGACGACCUUGACCCCCACCACAAGGCUCUCGCGGGUUUUGACGGACACCCAUUGCCGUGCGACGCCAACAAUAUAGGUGACGGCAAGUCCAACUUAGAGACGUCAGGUCUUUCAGCGUCGGCGUUGUCGCUGUUGUCGCAAGCCUCGUCUACCGUGACGGUGGAGGAGGAGAGCGGUGGUGUGGUGGGGGAGGGCCGCCUAUCGCUGGGUCUCACCAGCGAGUCCUCGCUGCCGGUGGAGAGUAUAUCUGUCCGCCACGACGGGGAGCUGAAGCCAGACGAGGUGUAGCUGGAAGUCCUCUCCUCGACUCUACGCUACCGUGACUACUCUCCUUUUUUUUUCCCUUUUUCUCCUCUUCUUCCUUCUCUCUUCU